CUCUCAAACCUCGCUCCUACUAUUUUUUCCUCCAAUAUUCCAUAUCAUAAAAAUGCUCGCUUAUCGUCAGCAUCGGGCUACCAUGUCCGCUGCAAGACUUAUCCUUAGCCCACAGACAGCGGUGGAUCAGGGCAGGGCCGACGGCACAGAUCAGAAGGAGUCACCGACGGUAGUCGAUGCUGCACCUGUGUACACCAAGGAUGAGGCAGCAGGAGCCCACCUGUCGGUGGUGCACGAAAUGGCGUACCCGGUGCAGAACAACAAGUGGUACCGCCUGAACCCCGAGUCGCUGACAUUCACACAGACGGGCACCAGCCAUGUGCACCGGGUGCCCAAGCUGGCGCACGGGCUCGAGCGCGUCUUGUUCAGCCCAGGCGUGCACUGUCUGCAGGACCCACACAGCCAUGUGUAUAACUUUGACCCAUAUAUCCGCAACAUCACUCAGCCAGCCGAGUUCGACUAUGACAAGCUGACGCCGUACAUCACAUCAUCCAAGGACCAGACGCUGAUGCAGUAUGCGCGCGACCGCAAAAAGCAGUUUGUCGGAUCGACGUCAUCGAUGACCCACGUUCUGUCGCAUUUGUAUUUCAUCGUAUCGGCGUGGAAGCAGCCUGACGUGUCGUGCAUGUCCAUGGCAUUCAACGACAUGCCGAGCAGAUACACACGCAGUAUGCGGUAUCCGGCAUCGAUAUCUCUGCGGUACCACGACGGCGUGUACGGAAUUGACGCCGACAAGAGCUUCGAUGUGCAGGAUAGCAUUCUGAGCAUUCUGGGUAAAUCGCUUGAGAAGCUCUUGACGAGCACACCGCAGGAAUUUGACAUGUUCAAAAAGCAAAACUCGUGGCAGGUCAAAGAGAUACCCGAGGAGAACUACCACUACGUGAUGGUUGAUGAUUUCACACGAGGCUCGCUUGCUAUCCGCAUGGACAUGGAGAACUAUGAGAUCAGCAAGGGCUACCAGAUCAACAACAUGAAGGGGCGCCUGGAGUCGUUUGAGCGCGAGUACUAUGAUAUGAUCCGCUCAGCGUUCCUCAAAUACAACUUCCAGACGCGUAUCGGCAACAUGGACGGCAUUUUCGUCGCAUACCACAACACCGCCAAGAUGUUUGGGUUCCAGUACAUCAAUCGCGGCGAGAUGGACCGCAUCCUGUACGGCAACGAGGCUACUGGGAACAAGGCGUUCAAGGCCGUCCUGAUAUUGCUGGGCAAGGUGCUGCGCACCACGGUCGACCAGUACCCAAAAAAGGACCUGCGCGUUACGUUUGACAGCGAGACUAGUGAUAGGCGACUGAACAUCUGGGUUGAGGUUAUUGACGACGAAGCCGAAGCAGUCGCCAUGCAGCAGUACUCGGAGGAAGGGUUUCUGAGGAGCCUGAAGCAGCAGAAGGGGGCAAUGAAGAAGCAAAAGCGCCAGAUGCCAGGUGCCACCGAUCCGUUUGCCACUACCGACCCUCUAGACACUGCAUCCAAGAGCGACCAGGACCUGAUUGACGAGCUGGCUGACGAGUGCCUUGAUCCGAGCGAGGAGAUCUAUGUUAACACCACCUCCUUCUCCACGGUCAACAACGCCGACACCGACGAGCCUGUGACGGUGCGGAGCAAGGACGACGAGUGGUUUGUCAACUGGCGCCUGACAAAGUCGCGCGAUCCGCAGUCCGAUAUCCAGCGGCACUACCGCGCGCUGCGCUUGAAGCAGGCGACGUACUUUGAGCGUGCCGCACCCGAUACCCCUGAAGACGAGCUGUCGCCGCUGGUGAAGAUUCUGCGGAGGAUCUCACGCCGGAACCUGUGGAAAAACAAGACACCCAAAGGCAAGAUUGUUAUUAAUCGCAGCCGCAAGCCUAUUUCGCCGGAUCUUGUCGAUGGGACCAAGGAGGCGACAGGCUUGCCGCCGCCAGCAUUCCCGGAAGCCCGUCUGAAUCCAGGCCAGAAGCCUGGGCCCGGCAGUGGAGGUGGCAAGUCCAAAUCCAAGGGUUCCCGGCCGAAACCCAAAUCUAACCCUAAGCCCAAGCCCAAGUCCAAGUCCAAAUGAGCCCUUUGAUGCUGUGUUCUCGGUGCGCUAAUAGACUCUUUUCAUAUACCACCAAAAGCAUUGCUGUCUCGAAGGCUAGGAGAUACUGGGCCACUGUGGCCAUUGCACAUCUAUUUACCCCACACACAGCUCGAAACUCGGCUUUUGUCUCCUUUUCUGUCUCCAGUGCGGGGUAGGCGGGAGCCAGUUUGAGAGUGCUCGCAGUGUCUCGCUCCAGAUAGUCGUAAUUUGGUGAGAAACGAUUGAAACUCAUUUUCUGUCUGCUCUAGUCCAGAACGCGGACCCAGAGAAGUCCUGACGGCAUGCUCACUACCGCCUGCGCACAUAUGAAGAAUGGC